AUGCCCUCUAUUGCCAUUGUGGCCUCGUCGCGCGCCGUCAUUUCCGGCCGUCUGACGUCGGCUACUAUUGUGAUCUCGAGAACAACCGGCAAGAUCGCUGCCGUCUUUGAUUCCGUGAUCCCGGCUUCAGAGUUCCCCGCUGGGACUCCAUACACGGACUACUCGCCGCAUGUGUUGCUGCCCGGUCUGGUCGAUGCUCAUGUACACUUGAAUGAGCCGGGCCGAACUGAAUGGGAAGGCUUCUAUACCGGCACCCAGGCUGCGGCCUUUGGCGGUGUGACAACUGUGAUUGAUAUGCCUCUGAAUGCUAUUCCCCCUACGACCACUGUGCAUGGCCUGAAAGAAAAGAUCAAGGCUGCUCAGGGUAAGUGCUGGGUAGAUGUUGGCUUCUAUGGUGGUAUCAUCCCCGGAAAUGCCAAUGAGCUCAAGGCUCUUGUUCAGGAGGGUGUCCGUGGCUUCAAGGGGUUCUUGAUUGACAGUGGUGUCGAUGAGUUCCCUGCUGUCAGCACGGAGGAUAUCAAGAAGGCCAUGGCUGAGCUGGCCGAUGAGUCUACUACCCUCAUGUUCCACGCUGAGAUGGUACCCCCCAUCACUGCAUCCGUGGGCGAUGAAGUCCAAACGUCCGAUGCCCCAGCUGCCCCAGUUGGCCCGCUCGAGGCAUAUGCCACUUUCCUCGCCUCGAGACCCUCAUCCUUUGAGACCUGUGCCAUUGAAAGCAUCCUGAGUCUGGCUCACCUCGCCCCCAAUCUUCCCCUGCACAUCGUCCACCUCUCAGCGAUGGAAGCCAUCCCUCUCCUGCGCGAAGCUCGUGCAGCCGGCGUCAAGAUCACCGCCGAGACCUGCUUCCACUACCUCUCCCUCGCAGCCGAGGAAGUGCGCGACGGCGACACCCGCCACAAGUGCUGCCCGCCUAUCCGUUCCAAGCUUAACCAAGACGGCCUCUGGGAAGAACUAGAGAAGCACACCGGCGACGGCGUGAUCAAGACCGUUGUCUCAGACCACUCCCCCUGCACACCGGACCUCAAGCAGCUCCCGCCCCACGUCCCAGGUCACUGCACCAGCAGCACCAAGAAAGAAGAAGACAAGGGCGACUUCUUUUCCGCCUGGGGCGGUAUCUCCUCCGUCGGCCUUGGCCUGCCAAUCCUUUGGACAGACCUCAGCCGCCGCAAGGGUCUGACUUCCUCCCCGGAAGACGAGAACACAAAGAACGCUCUUCAAGAUGUUGUCCGUCUCUGCUGCGCCAAUACCGCUGCCCAGGUCGGUCUGCAGUCUCGCAAGGGCGAUCUGGUUGUCGGCUUCGAUGCUGAUAUCUGUGUCUUUGAUGAUGCCGCUGAGUGGACUGUUGAGCCUUCUACCAUGCUCUUCCGGAACAAGUGCUCGCCUUACCAGGGUCGUACACUGCGCGGUAUGGUUCGCGAGACUUGGUUGCGUGGUGAGCGGGUUUUCAGCCGUGAGCAGGGCUUUGACUGCGAGACACCGAAUGGCAAGCUGCUUCUUGAGAAGCGGGUGUGA